AUGUUGCCCCCACUCGUUCUCGUGUUCCUCUCUCUCGCAUUGAGCCAGGUCAGCGCCAGCAUUUGGCCUGCCCCAAAGAAGCUCUCGACCGGCAAAGAUGUUCUGUUCAUAACCCAAACGUUGGAAAUCACAUACAAUGGGGGAUCUCAUACUGAGAAUCUGUUUAACAUGCAGCUGCCGUAUACUUAUGGGUACAGCCCAGCUUCAGGAUCGGCUUUCAGCAGCAAAGACAUCGUACAGGGCGGCGUAUCGCGCGCCAUGGCCGCCAUCUUCCAGCAAAACUUCGUCCCCUGGAAAUUCCACCCGAAGAACAGCCAGUUCGAGCCGGAUCUGAACGCGGAGGGUAAGAAAGCGGUAAAGUCACUACAGAUUACGCAAACGGGAGAAGAUAAGCCAAACACCUUCAAACCUCUCGCUGGCGAGGUCGACGAGUCGUAUUCUCUCAACAUCACGGAGGACGGUGCGGCAACACUCUCGGCCAAGUCCUCAACCGGUGUCCUCCGGGGACUCGAAACGUUCGCUCAGCUCUUCUACCAGCACACUUCCGGGACCUCAUGGUACACCACACUCGCGCCAAUCGCGAUUGAAGACGAACCGCUUUACUCCCAUCGAGGAAUUCUCAUCGACGUGGCUCGCAACUGGUUCCCCGUCCAGGAUGUUCUCAGGGUCAUUGACGCCAUGUCAUGGAACAAACUGAACCGAAUCCAUAUUCACAUCACAGACUCGCAGUCGUGGCCACUGGACAUUCCGGCGAUGCCUGAUCUCUCCGCCAAAGGCGCAUACCAGAAGGGGCUCUCAUACACACCCGAAGACCUCGCGAAGAUCCAGGAGUAUGCGGUCCACCGCGGGAUCGAACCCAUUAUUGAAAUCGACAUGCCCGGCCACACUGGUUCGGUCGCUUUUGCGUAUCCAGAACUGAUUGUGGCGUACAACGAGAAGCCAUACCAGUGGUGGUGCCAGGAACCGCCUUGCGGUGCCUUCAAGAUGAACGACUCCCGGGUGGACGACUUCCUCGACAAGCUUUUCGACGAUUUCUUGCCGAGAGUGAACCCCUACACGGCAUACUUCCACACUGGUGGCGAUGAACUGAACAAGAAUGACUCCAUGCUUGACAGUGGUGUCAAGUCCAACUCGACCGAGGUCCUGCAGCCCCUCCUCCAGAAGUUCAUGGACAAGAAUCAUGCCCGAAUCCGCAAGCACGGGCUUGUGCCAUUUGUCUGGGAAGAGAUCAGGCUCGAUUGGAACAUCACACUCGGAGACGACGUGGUCAUCCAGUCGUGGCUCGGAGACGGAGCUGUCAAGAACUUGACUAGGCAAGGCCACAAAGUCAUUGACAGCAAUUACAACUUUUGGUAUCUGGACUGCGGCCGUGGCCACUGGAUGAACUUCGACAACGGCGCAUCUUUUGAACAGUUUUUCCCGUUCAACGACUGGUGUUCUCCCGCGAAGGGAUGGCGGCUCGUCUACUCGCAUGACCCGAGGGCGAAUCUGACGGAGGAAGAGGCCAAGCUCGUGCUGGGAGGAGAAGUUGCCGCGUGGAGCGAGUCCAUCGAUCCGGUCAGCAUAGACGGCAUCUUGUGGCCUCGGGCCAGUGCAGCGGGCGAGGUCCUCUGGUCGGGCCGCCAGGAUGCGUCGGGACAGAACCGAAGCCAGUACGACGCCGCACCGAGGCUCGCCGAGUUCAGAGAGAGAAUGGUCGCUCGAGGAGUCAGGUCGGAGCCUGUGCAGAUGCCGUUCUGUACGCAAGGAGACGCGGGCGAGUGCGGCUACACUAUCGCUUGA